AUCAACAUUAUCACAAGGAACAAAUGUUACUAGGUCACAAUUAAUACCAUCUGAUCAAUUAUAUCGUCAAGCAAAAAUUUAUGAAGAAAAUCGAUUAACACGUGGUGGUGAAUUACCAGAAGGUGCUGCAGAAAGUGGAAAUGAAGACAAUGAUCAUGAUGUAAUUGUUGGAAAAAAUAAAAAAUAUGAUCCACAUCGAGCACUUAAUAUUGACUUAAGUGAAAAACCUAUUCAAUCGAUUCCUACAUCACCACCACUGUUGACAUCUCAAUUAAAAGAACCAGUUCCUAAACAAAUUGAAACACCUCCUAUAUUAACUGGAAAGCCAAAAAAAUCUAAGAAAAAGAAAAUAAUUGAAAAACAAGAACAAUCAUCAACAUUGAAAUCAAAACACAAACGAGAACGUAGUGAUUAUAAAGAAUUAUUAUCACCAGCUGAUGAGGAAGAAAAUUGUCCAACUUCAACACCUCCUCCUUCUGCUAUUGCAAAGAAACCAAAGAAAAAAAAUCAUCAUCCAUCAAUAGCUCAACUUGAUGUAACAUUUCUUUUAAAAAAUCGAACAUCAUUUAUUAUUGGUCAUAUUAAUAUUCAUUGUAUUGAUAGUAUGAGUUCGAAAUUAUUAAAUACAACAAGUACAAAUUCAAUAUCAUUUCCAUUUAUAAGUAUUUUUCCUCAUUCACAAAAUUAUAUUCAUAUUUAUUUUUCUAUAAAUGCUAUAUUAUUUUCUCAAAAAUUAAAAACAACAUUAACUUAUUCUAUAAAUAAAUCAAAUAUAAUUGAAACAGAUAGAAUUGAAUUUAAACUUAAUUUGCCUUGUUCACAAUAUUUACGACGAAAGACUAUUGAUUCUAUUGUAUUUGCUGAUUUGAUGAGUUCGGGUGCAUUGAUAUGUCAAUCACAACUUCGUAUUUCAUCAUCUAAUCAAGACUUUCUAUUGAUGAUUAAUACAAUUUGUCAAUUUUAUCGAUUAACUGUUGUCGAAAAAAUUAAUUCAGCUGCAUCUUUAUAUGCUGAAACAAUUCUUGAACAACCAAUAGCUCUUUUAUUUAAAUCAAUAUUCUAA